AUGCCUGGCUUUUCGGACUCUCUCUGGACCCCCGAUUCUCCAUCAGGUCUGGGGGUACUGUACGGGAAGUUGCAGCAGAGGGUCGUGCGGAACAAGCAAAUCUUGGCCAUUGCGUCCAUGCCAGUGCAGAAGCAGAGGAUCAGUAUGGACUCCGCCAUGGAAGAUAUUGCCCCAAGCGUGGACAGGAUGACGGCGGUAGGAUUCGGCUUGGACGAUUGUACACUAGGUCUCGUUCGAAAGGUAUGUUUCCAGACACGUGGAAUGGACUGGAGUGAAGAAAGAGUGACGUCGCGCAGAAUCUCGCUACAGGCAUACGAAGGAAUCCGCACCGAGAUGAUCGGGGCCUCCAAGAACCACCAGAAGAUCGCCAACAAUAUCCUUGAACUGGUCAUAUCGCCCUUCCGCCGUUGGAGCGAGCAGCACGACAUGCGUGUUCAGUAUUCGCAUGACCUCCUCCAGUCCGAUCAAGGGGCACACCAAGCGAGGCGGAGUUGGUAA